CUUCUCAGUUCCUCUGUCCCCCACGUCCCCAAGCAAACUCUCUGAGGUGGGCGGGGUGCGCCGCUGUCGCUGGCUGGGGCAAUUUCAAGAACGCCAGCUCGAAAGACCGGCGAGACUGAGACACAGCAACAAUCGGCUCCUCUACGGGUCGUCCAACCUGCUUGUCGCCAUGAACUAGUUAUUCCGGCGGCUGGAUCAGGCAGCCCGACGGAUCCAACAUCGAGCACGGAAUCGACCUCGAGAGAGCUCAGACACGAUGGGUUGCUGUCUCUCCCGGGAGGGCCCCAACUCUCCCUACCCGGGUGAUGCCGCCACCGGCUCCGCCCGAGCAAUCAACGAACCCUCCCAAACAGCCGGCCCAUCAAGCUCCCAGCCCGGCGUCGACGAACCAAGCGCGUCCUCCGCCACGCGACGCAGGCGCAGACAAUCCCACCAACCAUUGGCCCAGCACAUAAAUAAACCGCUGCGACGCCACGUAUGGACGAGCCACGACCGGCUGUGGACCCCGGCCGCUCUCCGGCGGGAAAGAGCUGAGUUUUUCGACACGCGGGUUACCGGGAGGCAAGAGAUCUGGCAGACCCUGCAUGCCGCGCUCGAGGUUCUCUGGGCUGCCGAUGACGCGGCCCGCAACGGCCGGUUCCAACGAAUGAGCGAGGAAGACGGGCCAAGCGAAGAGGACCCGGCAAUAGCCCUGGCUACUGCACAGAGCAUCCUCGAUGCGGCCGAUAUCACGUUGCCCACCGGAGACUUGCACAACGGAGCGUAUGAUGCAUUCGGCAACUAUUACGCGUUGCCGCACCAGAUCGUGGCCGACCCACUAAAUCUGCAGUGGACGCCGGGUGCACCCGAAGACGACGGGCUAGAAGACAUAAAGACCGAUCUGACAGCUGGCGAGGAAACCGAGCGGGAAUGCGGCUCAGACGAGGCUGAGCGGAGGCGCGAAGAGAAAGGCAAGGCGGUCGUCGAUAUCCGGGAUCAAAUCACCGUUAAAGCACGAUUGAGCGACGGAUCCCGGGACGUUAACGUUCUGGCGAGCAAGAGUGACUCUGUUCGGCGUCUCGCAAGACUCAUUGCGGAGGAAGCACAGUUGCAAUCCAAUAAGAAGAUACGCAUCGCCUACAUGGGGAAAAUCCUCCACGAGGGCUCGUCUCUAUCUGCCCAGGGUUGGAAACAAGGCCAUGUCGUCAAUGCAUUGGUGUUCAACCGGUAGGACGGCUGGCCACCGUCGUCGGACGAUCCAUCAUUGCAGCUCUUUCUGCCAGCAUCUGGAACUGUCCCUGCGACUCUAUCUGAUAAUUCCACUGAAAGUCCGGCUGAUGACGCAGGCCACGACACUUCGACAGAAACCGCACCUCUCUUGCCUGGAUCUCACGCAAGCAGGCGGUCUCGC